UCAAAUGAAGAUUACACAAUUCACUUUUCUUGACAAUGGAGGAAUUCAGUUUAUGAAAUUUUCUCAGAAAAAUGAUCCUGGUGGUAUCGAAGGAAAUUUGGAUUCGCUUAUUAUAUCAGUACCAGCAGAUCUGAAAGGAUAUUUGGGGCCUGUUCAUAAUAUUAAGCUUUAUUUAAGCAAAAGACCCGCAAAUUGUGCAUGUCAAUUUCUUCAUCUUAAAAUUAAUAAAAAUAUUCAUGAAUACAAAAAUGGUAAAUGGUAUUUUGACGCUAAAUUGGGUCAGAAUUCGUGCAGCAACUUUAUGAAAAGCAUUUGUACCGAAGUUGGAAUAAAUAUCAAGGAUCGUGAUAUCGUUAAUCACUCAGGAAGAACCACACCAAUUACACAUUUAUUUCAUGAGGGUAUUCCGAUUGUUACCUCGAUGUCAAUAACCGGCCAUAAAAGCGAAUCAUCAUAUUGUAUAUAUUCACGACCAAGUGAGCAGCAGAAAAAGGAUGCAUUGUCUACAUUAAUUGACGUUGUUGAUCUUCCGGAAUCUCAAAAUAAUGAAGAUAAUGAUGUUGAUGAUUCUUUAAAUAAAAAUCAGGAUUCG